CUCUCUCUCUCUCUCUCUACGCACCGAAACCGAGCCGCUCUCGCGUAGGACACAUGAUGGAUGACAGCGUUAGGUGGUGACAUCACGCGAAAACAAAAAGUAUAGAGGCUGAAGCAGUUGCGCUGCAAUCUGCGCGCCCACGGUAGCGCGCGCAAACACGCGGAGAUGACGUUCCCAAGUGAACGCGAGCACAACUCGGGACUUUAACACAGCUUACACAGACUUCACCUGGCUAACAUGCUACGAAAACAUGUCUGAACGAGAUUUCUUCUUCUUCUUCUUCUCAUCGUUCACGUUUGCGCAGACACGUUCGUUUGACCUUGUAAUCACUUUAUACUCCGCGCGAGCGAGCACGUAGCGACACGUAUUUGGCGAGUAAGCGGCGAGCUAAAGAGCUAAAUCACAGCGCGCUCGCGUGGGAUAUUAUUAAAGAGAAAAAAUUGUUGCUGUGGAUAAUUAUUUUGGAUUUUAAAGGACAUUCGAAAGGGAAAGCGACUAACGCGUGUGUCUAUCACCGACAGAAUUACCGCAUUCUGUACAGGUUCAGGUUAGUGGGUUGGGGAAGUUGGAAGUUCCAUCUUCCUGGGACAUCUUCUAAAAGCUAAGGGAAGGUAUUGUGGACAUUACAGGCGUCUACAACCUGUAGCUCAAAGUCUCUCUCUCUCUUUCCUUUUAUUCAGCUGUACAACUGGCACGCGCAAAGCCUAAAACCGCACCGAGUUUCUUUUUAGCCUUUCUCCCCAAAGUCCCACCGUCUCUCUCUCUCUCUCUCUCUCUCUCUCGCUUUGUGUGUGUGUGUGCGCGUAUGUCUGACUUUUCCUUUUAUGCCUGGCCUGAUGUAAAGGUCUGAAGGCAAUGUAGACAUGUCGCCUUUAGUGUACACCCCCCACCCAGACCUUGCCCCUCUUAUCUCAGCUUAAUUGCAGCCUCGAUGUCUGCUGUCUUCUUCGCGUCUCAUUUCUUUCAGUUUCUUUGAUUUCCCCGUCUCAUCUCCACACGCUGUUUAAGGUUCCUGUACCUUACGUGCUCGAUCUGUGUGAGGAUAUUAUUAUUAUUAUUAUUAUUAUAGACCGCGGGCGGGGAUAAUAUCCCUAAACUUUUUUAUUUAUUUAUUAUUAUUAUUGUCGUUGUUCCUCGGCUUAAAGUGCGCCAUCUACCUUCAGAACGCCUUCAGAUCCCGAGAUCACCGGCUCGUGUGGAGACAGAGACACGGAGAGAGACAGGAGAGCGGGCUGGAGGCUGGGCGCUCGCGCGGAUCGGGGGUCCAUGCGCGGUGUCGCCGCCUGAUGCGAGCUCGGCCCGGGAGCUCUACGCCCUCCUCCUCUGUGCCCUCUCUCUGAUAAUGGUAGCCGUGCUCCGCUCGGUCGUGGUGCUCAUGCUGCUGCUCGGUCAGGUGUGGCUGGGCUACGCCGCCGGUUUGAUUCCCGACGUGGAGCGGCGGAGGCACGCGCCCGAGCACUCCGAGCGCUUUCUGCGAGACUUCGAGCUCCGACUGCUGAACAUGUUCGGGUUAAAACGGAAACCCACGCCGAGUAAGGGAGCCGUGGUACCCCAGUACAUGCUGGACCUCUAUUAUAUGCACUCGGAGAACGGAGACCAGAAAACCAUCCGACGGCCAAGGAGCGUCAUGGGGAGGCACGCGGAGCGCGCAGCCAGCCGAGCAAACACCAUCCGGAGUUUCCAUCACGAAGAGGCUUUAGAGGCCCUGUCCAGCCUGAAAGCAAGGACCACACAACAGCUGUAUUUUAACCUCAGUUCGAUGCCAGCAGAGGAGCUCGUCACGGCUGCAGAGCUACGCAUUUUCAGAGACCAGGUGCUCAGUGACUUUACUCAGAGCAACUCAAGCCACGCUGGAACCUUUCAGCGCAUUAACAUAUUUGAGGUGUUUAGGCCAGCUCAUUCCCCCUCACAGGAGCCUCUUACCCGGCUUUUGGACACUCGACUGGUGCAAGACUCACACUCACGCUGGGAAAGCUUUGAUGUAAGUUCAGCGGUAGCGCGCUGGGCUACCCAGCCGCACCACAACCACGGCCUGAUGGUGGAGAUUCUGCACCCAGGCGAAGCCAGUGAUGGUGAGGAGGCUGCGGAAAGCAGGAGUAAGCAUGUGAGGGUGAGCCGGUCCUUGCAUGCCAACCAUGAAUCCUGGCCUCAGGCUCGGCCACUGCUGGUCACUUAUAGCCAUGAUGGCCAGGGCACUGCAAUGCUCCACAGAGAAAGGCGGCAAGUUCGGCGUCCUCAGAAACAGCGGCGUAAACAGCAACGAGCCAACUGUCGCCGACACCCACUCUAUGUAGACUUUAGCGAUGUGGGCUGGAACGCGUGGAUUGUGGCUCCACCAGGCUACCAUGCAUUUUACUGCCAAGGCGAAUGCCCGUUCCCGCUGUCAGACCACCUGAACUCCACCAACCAUGCCAUUGUGCAGACACUUGUAAACUCAGUGAACUCAAAUGUGCCGCGGGCUUGUUGUGUACCCACAGAACUCAGUCCCAUUUCCCUGCUCUACCUGGAUGAGUAUGAGAAGGUUGUUUUAAAGAACUACCAAGACAUGGUGGUGGAAGGUUGUGGUUGCCGGUGAGAACUCAUUAAACUUAUGAAGACUUUUAUUAUUUAUGUGAAAGAACUUUCAAAAAGAAUUAUUUUUUUGAAAAAAAGUAUAUAUAUAUAUAUAUAUAUAUAUAUAUAUAUAUGUAUAUAAAUUAUAUUUAUGUCAACCGAAAAGGGAAAAUAAAUAUUUUAAUAAGUGUUUUGCAUUUUCAAUGUUUCUAAAGAUGUCCAAUGUACAUUUCAGUGCGAUUGCACAUAAAGUAUGAAGCUCAGAUUUUUAAUAUGUAUUUAU